AUGAGCACUGAACAAGCAUAUGAUGCAGCAUUAGAUCUACUACGUAGAUUGGACCCAAGAAAAUUGAAGGAACAUGUUCAAAAUUUAAUACAAUUGGAACCGUCAUUGGCCGAAGAUUUGUUAUCAUCCGUGGACACACCGUUAAUAGUCAAACGGGAUCCAAAGGCGUCCCAACGAGAAUACUUGUGUUGUGAUUAUAACAGAGAUAUAGACUCGCAUAGAUCGCCAUGGUCUAAUGAGUACUUCCCGGAAUUAUCUGCAGAAGACGUCCAAGAGAGCCCCUUUCCUUCGAAAAAUUUGAGACAGUUGGAAAUUCUUGCUAAUGAUUCUUUUGAUAUCUACAGAGAUUUAUAUUAUGAGGGAGGUGUAUCAAGCGUGUACCUAUGGGAACUGGAUGAUGAAGAACUUAGCGACGAUUUUGCGGGCGUUGUUCUGUUCAAGAAUGGGGACAAAACGUCCAAUGCGUGGGACAGUAUUCAUGUAUUAGAAGCUGUUCGCGAGGGCACUGAUGUUACCUAUCGUAUCACAACCACGGUCAUUCUUCACCUGGACAAUGGCAAACAAAUGACAUUAUCUGGUAACUUGAGCAGACAGACAGAAAAAACACUAGCAGUGCCACCAUCUUCCUCCACAUCGGUAGAGCAGGUUCACGUUGCCCAUAUUACAAACCUAGGUACUAUCAUCGAAGAUGUGGAGUCUCAGAUGAGAACAAUGUUGGAAUCGGUCUAUUUUGAAAAGACAAGAGACAUCUUUCAUCACACUAGAAACAGCACAUCUGGUAAUGAAGAAAUGAGCAGUGAUGUUCACCAAGAGUUGAUGAAAGGUUUACAGAGUUUAUAG